AUGACCCGUUCCUCUUCCAUCGUUCAAGAUGAUUCGAUCAUUAGCAACCACAACGAAAUGAAUAAGAAACACCGACGUCGACGUUUACAGUUAUCUCAAUCGUACAAGAGUCAUAGUUGCAGUCGACUGGAUUCUACUUUUUGCAAAUCUUCUACUCUUUCUCUCCUGCAAGACUAUGAAAUUGAUCAAAGCGAAAUUCGUAAAGUUUUAGUGAGAUCUCUUCCACCACUUGCUUCCAAUCAUUUCAUGGAACAUUCUUUCCACUCCAAUCCUAGUAAGAACGGGAGAAUAUUAAUUCCUCUCAUCUACUCUGUUCUCCAAAAACAAGGAAUUACAACAAUAGAGGAAUUUGGACAACGAAAAGAGUAUUAUCAUGCCGGGCAGGAAAUUCCCCAAGUUCUUAUUGAAUUUAUACAUGGAUUGAAAUGGCAAGGAUGUCAUUUGAGGAAUACAGUUCGAAAUGUUGAGGCUGGUCCUUUUCAAUUUGAAAAACUCUCAAUACUAGAUGAUAUUUCUGAAUAUUUGGAAACAUUACAAUGUAUUGAUAUGAAAAGACACAUCUUUAUAUCAGUCACUGGAAGAGAUAUCAUUGGAGUAGAUCCAGAUCUGAAUCCAACUUUAAGGUAUUUGUAUUUCGAAAGAAGUCGUUACAACCCGAACCAAUGUUGUUGUCAGAAUUAA